AUUAGCAUUAGCAUUAUGUUUGGUAAACACCUAACAGCGCUAUCAGGGAUCCUCCCACGGCCGUCGUCCCUGGGGGGCGACCAACGGGAGCAUCCCUCAUUCUUCCUGCUUGUCAGGAGGCUGCGACUCCACCGGAGACUUGACAAGACUUUAGGCAGACUUGGGAUUCUAGACUUCACACUUGCUGCCAUCGCUGGCGGUUCCACGGUUGUGUGUUCGGUUGGGCCCGUGAUGGAGAUGAGGGCUUGCAGUCCCGUGUGCCUGCAGCAGAGGGAGCUCUGACCUCAUCGACACCUGCAAACAAGUCCGUGAGUGCAGCCUCUUACCCUCUUGGCUCGCUUUUCCUGAAACUCCCUCCCCUUCCUUGGCUCUUCCCACCUGAUGCCUUGCCGGUAGGCAAACCCGGAGGAGGGGAUCUUGCUUGUCUCCACUUCGCCGCUCCCUGAAGGGAAGGAGGAGGAGGAGCACGCUAGGAAAGUGCUGCUGGAUGCAUCGCCGCUGAUGCUGCCAAGAGGGAUGGUAAAAAAAAAGAAUCUGUCCCCCUUCCGUCCCUGCCUUGACACUCCUCUCCCACCUUUCCUUCUGGGCCGGAUGGAGGAGAGAAGCCAGCACUGGCUCUGGCGGCUCAGCCAAUGAGGAAGCAGACGCUGCUGAUCAUGAGGAGGAGAGAGAGAGAUGGAGAGCAUGGCUGAGAAAGUGAUGGACUGGAGAGAAAGGAUACGGACGUAAAGGUCUACACAUGGACGGGGAGGAUGGAUGCCAGAAGAAGAGGACGAGAGAUGGAGACGGGAGACGCAACGCAGACGUGGCAGUAUCUCUCUCUCUCUCACACACACACACACACACACACACCACUAGUCAACACUGCUCUCCAUGUGCAGUACACGUGGAGUACACGUGGAGUACACGUGGAGUACACGUGGAGUACACAGAGUACACUCCGUCAUCAUCACUACAUAUUCAUAUUGGAUAUUACAUCCAUUCAUGUUCACUCACAAAUCAAUCAGUCUGAGUCAAACCCUGGACCCUCCCAUUUCUAAUAACAAUACUACUAAUACUGCUACUACUACUACCUACUACUACCACUCAUAAUAAUAACAUUCUUAUUACUAGUCUUAUUAUAUGUUAUAAUAUGUUAGCGUGUUACACGUCAGCUUGUAUGUUCUUCAUACUCAUUAACACUUGCAUUUGGAAAACGGAAUGAAAUCAUAAUGUCUGUACACGUAAUAUCACUGAUAUCGCCAUACAGGACUGAUAUCACGAUACAGGACCGAUACCACGAUACAGGACUGAUAUCGCCAUACAGGACUGAUAUCACGAUACGGGACUGAUAUCACCUCACAGGACUGAUAUCACGAUACAGGACUGAUAUCACCUCACAGGACUGAUAUCACGAUACAGGACUGAUACCACGAUACAGGACUGAUAUCGCCAUACAGGACUGAUAUCACCAUACAGGACUGAUAUCACGAUACAGGACCGAUACCACGAUACAGGACUGAUAUCGCCAUACAGGACUGAUAUCACGAUACGGGACUGAUAUCACCUCACAGGACUGAUAUCACGAUACAGGACUGAUAUCACCUCACAGGACUGAUAUCACGAUACAGGACCGAUACCACGAUACAGGACCGAUACCACGAUACAGGACUGAUAUCACCUCAUAGGACUGACAAACCGGUGUUGUUGUGUAAAUGAAAACUGGUGUUCUUUGUUCUCAACAGCAUUCCCAAUCCCAGAUGACCGCUUAUCCACAUUAUUUUUGGCUUCCAAUUUGCAAUAUGAUGUGUGGUCCCAGCAGGACAAAGUAUAUUGUAAUUCUGGGAUUUCAUGUAAAUACUAUUUAUUCCAUCUCUUCAUCUCUUCUACUUCAAAUCUGUUUUUGUUGUUGGUUUGUUUUGCUUUGGAUGAAACAAGGAAGAGAAAGUGUCAUGUUUGUCUGGUGCCCCCUGGUGGCAGCUUGCAGUCACAGCGACAGCAUCAUUGCAGUUAUCAGAAUGAGAAGGUCAUACUGUACAACGGGGGAACUACAGUAUAUCUUAUAUACUAUCUUAUAUGGGUCUGGAAAAAAUACAGCAUCAUUUGGCGUAACUUGCUAAAUAGGAGCAGGAAGGAUGAGACGUUCCACCUGCAUGCAGCAGAACAAGAACCACAGAAGUUCAUGAAGAAAGCAAAACGAAUCAAACUGCUAUGAGAUGGCAGCGUGAUAUGAUGCUGACCUUUAAACACAAACCCGUCUAAACUUGACCUUUGUACAACUAUUACACAACUCUAUUUCUCUCUCUCUCUCACACACACACACACACACACACAAAUGGCAACCUUCCCUGUGGCUGUAAAAUCCACUCGUGAUAAUGUCACUAUGCUGAGCUUGAUGGUUUAAAAUUAAACAUUCUACACAACUUACUUUACUUAAUACAUAUUGAUUAUUAUGUACAUAUUUAAUAUCUACAUUUAUAUUAUAUGAUAGAAUCACCAUCAUCAAUAUCAUAUAAGAGAUAGAUAAAGUAGUCGUAAAUGAAUAGCAAUGUAUUAGUGCUGUUAAAACAGGCGUGUUUUAUAUACACAAGACGGUGGCAGAUGGGGCCCAUUUACAGACCGCAAGGCGGUGUCAAGCAGCACCCUCUAGAGGACGGUGGUAGAUGGUGCACAUCUACACCCAGACCGCCAGGCGGUGUCAAGCAGCACCCUUUUAGCGAGCACCGCCUUUUGUAGGGUGCCACCAUGAUUAAGCACGGAUGCCAGAGCUUCGUAACAUACAAGACGCACGUAGCCAUUUCCAACAUAGAUGGUCAUACAUGAAUGUCCACAACAUAGACUUUGGCGUAGAUGCUGCUUUAUCGACGACUAUACAUAUGGUGUAUUAUUACAGGCCCGUAUAGCUAUUAGCUAUAUCGCGUCUUUUAUCUUGAAAGGACGUGGGGGGAAACGGAUGCUAUCCGAGUGUUUUCCUGUUCCGGACAAGGUGGGGAAGGUGCCGCUGUGAGUCAGGAAGUGGUGACGUCAUGAGUUUACCUGAGGGUUUCUCAGCAGACAUGUUGGACCUGGAAGAAGAAGAAGACUUGGAGGUGUUUAGCAAGAAAAUGUCACUGACGGACGGGGCUCCGGCGCCUGAUACUCCCAGCUCACUGGUCAACCAGUACCACCUGGAUGACGAUGAGGACCGGCAGAUUGGCAGCAGAGACUUGUUUGUUGCCGUUGACAACCCAGAGAGUCACGUGACAGCCAUUGAGACGUUCAUCAUGUACAGAGUCCUGACCAAGACUACGAGAAGCGACUUUGACUCGUAUGAGUAUGAGGUCUGCCGACGCUACCAGGACUUUCUUUGGCUACGGAGCAGACUGGAAGAAUGCCAUCCAACCCUCAUCGUGCAUCCUCUGCCAGAGAAGUUUGUGAUGAAAGGCAUGGUGGAGCGCUUCAACGAUGACUUCAUCCAGACCAGGAAGAACGCGCUGCAUCGCUUCCUCAACAAGAUUGCCGAGCAUCCCAUCCUGUCCUUCAACCAGCACUUGAAGAUCUUUUUGACUGCCCAGGACCUGCCGUCUCACAAGAAACAGGGUCCGGGCUUCCUGAGUCGAAUGAGCGACACGGUACGGGCAGUGGCCAACUCGGUGCGUGGCAUCAAGAGCCAGCCGGAGGAGUUCACGCUGAUGCAGGAAUAUGUAGAAACCUUCAGCAACAAGAUCUCCUCUGUGGACAAAGUUUCUCAGAGGAUCAUCAAGGAGCAGCGAGAGUAUUUGGAUGAGCUCAAGCAGUGCGGCCCCGCCUACGCCCAGUGGGCGGACAUGGAGGAGGACCUGGCGGAGCCCCUGAAAGAUGUUGCCAACUGUGUGGAGCAAUGUCGCAAAGAAACAGAGAAGCAGAUCCAUCAUCUGUCUGAGGUCCUGGUACCCGCCCUUCACGAGUAUGUGCUGUGUGGUGAAGUACUGAAGACUGUGAUGCGACGCAGAGACAACAUCCAGGCGGACUUUGAGACCCUGGCAUCCAAAAAGGCUGAGCAAGAAGCUGGUGAGCUGCAGGAAGAAGUGGAGGGUUUGGCGGAUCGGAUGGAAUUGGCCAACAACGCUUUGAAGAGCGACUGGACCUACUGGCAGAAGAGUGCCAGAGGUGACAUCAGUGCCUGGCCGUGUGGGAAUCCUUCCUGCUGUCCCAAAGGAGAGAGGUGAUUGAUGAGAGAGAUGAUUAAGCCCAGACCACGUUGGCAUACGGUGACUACAUCCGCCUGGCAACUGGAAAAGCUGUAGCUGCAAAUCAGAGACAUCAGGAUUACUUCAAACCUUUGCUUUUAUUGGUUCCAUAUUUGUGUGGAAUGGCAGGAGAAAGAACGUAAAUACACGUCAUGGAGUCAUUGGCACGGCCAUGGAAACACGUCUCACUCCGUCUCACACGUUGAGGUUUUUCCAAUUGUAGAUUGACAUUUGCAAUAAAAGUCAGUGUGGUAAUGAUUA